ACUCUAAGGUGGAGGAUUUACUCCCCAAUUUACAGGCCCGAAACCUAACAAGAAAGAACCUUCCUACAAUGCCAAAAGGGAGAGGGAGGACAAGCCGGAGCAGAAGAAGAAAACAAAGUAGGACUUCGGAACCAAAUGGAGUGAAUGAAAGUCACCAGCCGGAGUUCAUAGAGCUCAAGAAAUGGCUAAAAGGCCGAAGGUUCGACGGCAGUAAUUUAAGGCCUGCACGCUUUCCAGAUACAGGCCGAGGCCUGAUGGCCACAAAAUCCCUGAAGGCAGGGGAAAUGAUUAUUUCGCUCCCUGAGGCCUGCCUGCUCACUACUGACACGGUCCUUAAGAGCCCCCUGGGGGAUUACAUUUGGAAGUGGAAGCCUCCGGUGUCUCCUCUCCUGGCACUGUGCACGUUUCUGAUCGCCGAAAAGCAGGCCGGAGCCAGGUCCCUGUGGCAGCCGUACCUGGGGGUUUUACCCCAGGCCUACACCUGCCCCGUUGGCCUGGACGCAGCUGUGCUCAGCCUUCUGCCCCAGCCCUUAGGGAGGCGGGCCCGGGAGCAGAGAACCGCCGUCCGGGAGCUGUUCGCGGCCUCCCGAGCGUUCUUCUCUUCCCUGCAGCCCCUGUUCUCUGAGGAUAUAGAGCGGGUCUUUACCCUUGAUGCUCUGGGCUGGGCGUGGUGCACCGUUAAUACUAGAACGGUCUACAUGGAGCACGCCCAGAGGGACUGCUUCUCGGCAGAGGCCGACAUUUACGCCCUGGCUCCGUAUUUAGACCUGCUGAACCACAGUCCGGGGGCUCAGGUGGAAGCGGCCUUUAACAAGGAAACCAGGUGCUACGAAAUCCGAACCGCUUCACGGUGUCGGAAAUAUGAGGAAGUCCUCAUCUGCUACGGCCCUCACGAUAACAGGAGGCUCCUCUUAGAAUACGGAUUUGUUUGCUCCAACAACCCUCACAGUAAUGUCGUGGUCUCUCCAGAUGUGCUCGUCAGACAUCUUCCCUCAGGGGACAAGCAGAUGACCAAGAAACUUUCCCUUUUAAAGGAGCAUGGAUUUUUAGAAAACCUGACGUUCGGCUGGGAUGGGCCGUCUUGGCGGCUGCUUACCGCUCUGAAGCUGCUACGCCUUGGAGCGGAUGAAUUCACAAACUGGAAGAAAGUGUUCCUCGGCGAAGUCAUUUCUGAGGCAAAUGAAACGAAGAGUCUGGCUCUGGCCGUGACCCUGUGCAGCUAUUUCCUAGAAGAGACCAGAGCCGGGCUCCAGAAGAUUUCCCAGAUGAAGAGGGAAGAGGUGGCCCUCCGGAACCAGCUGGGUUUGGUCGAAGCGCUGAGACUGGAAGAACUAGAGAUUCUAAAAGUAUCAGCCGAAGUUCUGGAAGGUUUGCAAAGAGCCCAUGCCCCUCGGUGCCCGGGAACGUCCAGUCGAGCACCCAGGGGCUGCGGGGUUCUUAGGUGAUGCCCCUGAACGAACUCCGGUGUAGGUAGUCGUCGGCAUUGGGCCGAUGGUUGGCGUUCCAGCGGGCGGCGGUUAAGUCGCGUUCCUCAGAUCUGCCAGCGGGCACCCCCCAUCAUCUGGUUCUGGGUCACCGUGUCUGGCGGUCUGGAACCUCCUUCUCACCGUCUUCCCCCGUCCGAACGUCGUGCCCGCCCCACGCACCCGAGGGUGGGGACGGUCGAUUAGAGCUCUCCCUCGGGACCCGUGAGCGACCGGAUGGGGUAGCCCCGCCCCUGCUGCCCGCAGAAGCCACGCUUAUAGGGCCAGAAGGUUCGUCUAGCGGCACCCAUCCACCUGGGCUCUCUGGGGACAGGGACGGGGUGGACAUCCAGCCGCCACAGAAACACGGCCGAGUACUGGUCCAGCCGGCCCUGAACCGAAAAUCCGCCGAGGCUGAUAAGCUCGCCUACCGUUCAUCGCGUGGCACUGGACCCGCCGCCCAUCCCGAUGCAAAGGAGGGCCGGGAGGGACCGAGUGAAUUAGCGCCAAAGCAAGCAGAUGAGAGUCCGAUUUCAAGUGCCGUCCGUCCUCUUUUAUAGGCAUCCGAGCUUUUAGUGCAGGCUGGGCAUGCGGCGGGCACCCAGCAACUACCAGCAAUAGAUCCUGCUCCCCCUUGGACUCCGGGUUGCGAAACGACAGCGAGAAUAGUCAGCUGUUGGCUCAGGGCUGCGAGAUUAGCCGGUCCAGGGAUCAGUCAGUCAUAUUUAUCGAGCACUUACCAUGUGCAGAGCAUUGUACUGAGCGCUUGGGAGAGUACAGCGUAACAGUAUAAACGGACACCUUCCCAGCCUACAACAUGUGCGUGGCCCAUCGCCCGGGGAAUAAGUCAAUUUUUCAGGCAGGAGGUGGCAGGGCCCAGUGGAAGGAUGAAGCUUGGCCCUCGUUCGACAAUCUCGUCUGUGAGGGGAGGUUGUAGGGUAGCGGAAGAGGAGAGAGAUGGAACUGAGGGACGUUGGAAAAAUGCAUCAGUGGUGCUAGUUUAGUGGGUGGCAUCUGCCCCCCCCCCGUAGCAUCUUCGGCACUCCUUAAGACCUCAGCGUCUUGGGGAAACUUGGUCUGGAGAGAGCCGGAGCACAAGGAAGUCUAGAAAUCGCUUUGUCUCCUGAUGACUUGUUGCCAGAAUUAAAAAAUGUAAUUGUGUGGUUGUAACUUCUAAUAAAGACCGAUUCAUUUUCCUCUC